GUCUCCCGUUACUCCUACCAGUUGCCUUUUAAACUACCUUAAAUCAAUCCCGGGCUGAGCCUUUCUCGGGCUGACAGUGGUAGGGGGUUGGGGGGUGUAGAGGUUUUCUGAACUGGUACAUUGUCGAAAACCGAGCCCCAUCUAGUUCCGAAUGCUAGGCAACGGCGGAGUGGGGGUGCUGGGAGACGUUAUCGGAGGAAUCGAGAGAGGAAAGGCAACAGCCAGAGAGGAAGGGGAGGAGGAAGAGGAGGACCCUGCUGGGGGAAGCAGGACUGAACAAGAGGGAAAAGGAAGCCUUUUGGAGCGAGGGAGCGGGCAGCUGCGCGCUUCCGGGAGGGCGCGGGGCUGGAGCAGCCCCAAUCCCGGGCUAUUGUAGGUGCGGCUGGGGGAAAACCGGCGCAGACUCGGGAGCGCUGGGGCUGAGCUGCUGUGGGGGUGGCGGGCGUACAGACUAUGUGAUUGCCUGUGGAAGGCGUCCGAUUUCCCCGAGUGUUUGGGAAAGGCUCCUGGGCAGCGCACGGGCACCACGGCCAAGAUUGACCAGCAGAGCCCCAUGGAGCCUGCCCGCGGCUCUCGCCGGCUCCGCUCCUGGUCCCUGCUCUUCCUGCUCCUGGCAGCGUCCCAUAGCUGGUCAGGAGCCUGGGGUCAGGAGGAGAUUCAGGUGCUGCAGCCUAAGGAGCCUGUGUCUGUGGUAGAGGGAGAGACGGUCACACUGAACUGCACGGUGCCUGGAACACCACCUGCAGGGCCAGUAAAAUGGUUCAAGGGGAAAGGGCCCCAAAGGCAGGAAAUUUACAAUUUCAAAGGAGACCUCUUUCCCCGGAUAAAGGCUGCUGACCUAUCUGCCAGCAACAAGGACUUCUCCAUCAGGAUCAGCAACAUCACUCCUGAGGACUCAGGCACCUAUUACUGUGUGAAGUUCAAAAAGGGGAAUCCUGACACAGAGGUUAAGUCUGGAAAUGGCACCAUGCUCUCUGUGACAGCCAAACCUUCUGUUCCUGUGGUGUCCAGCUCCCAGGAGAGAGUAAACGUUAAUCAGAAGGGGGAUUUCACUUGUAACUCAACUGGCUUCUCGCCCCGAAACAUCACCCUAAAAUGGUUUAAAAAUGAGAAAGAGAUCUCUUCCCUCUCGACCGAGAUUAUCCCUAAGGGUGAUAGUGUUUCCUACAACAUCACCAGUGCUGCCCAGGUAACGCUCGAAGCUGGCGAUGUCGGCUCCAAGGUCAUCUGUAAGGUGACUCACCAAACAUUAGUGUCUCCUCUUCAAGGGAUAAAGAAUCUGUCGGACAUUAUCCGAGUUACACCUGAAGUGAGCAUUUCUUCUCAUACACUUCCCAUGAAUGGCACCAAUGUCACCUGUCAUGUGAAGAAGUUCUACCCCCAAAAUGUGAGUGUCACCUGGCUAAAGAACAACACUGAGAGUGAGAAAGUGAAUCAUUCUGAACCCAUAAAGAAUGAAGAUGGCACCUACAGCCUCAACAUCUCACUCAUGGUCAACAUGUCUGGGCAGAAAGAAGCUGUGAAUAUCACUUGUCAGGUGUUGCAUGAUUCCCAGGCUCCGAUUUAUGCCACUGAAAUAAUUGGAGUCCCAACCAGUUCUGGAGCUAUGGAAAAAAAAGAACCAGAGUCUGGAUCCCAAAACAUCUUUAUUGCAGUGGGUAUAGUGUGUAUUGUGCUGGCAGCUCUGCUGAUAGCCACCAUCUACCUCAUCCGAGCCAAACAGAAAAAAGCAAAAGGUUCGACUUCUUCUACAAGAUUACAUGAGCCGGAAAAAAACGCCAGAGACCUAAGCCAGAUUCAAGAUGCAAAUGACGUCAACAAUGACAUCACGUAUGCAGAUCUGAACCUGCCCAGAGGCAAAAAGAGCGCCCCACGAGCUGUGGAGACCAACAGCCAGACUGAGUACGCCAGCAUCCAGACUGGCCCAUCCCCUCAACGAGAGGACAACCUGACCUACGCAGACCUGGACAUGGUCCAUCUGAAUCGAUCAGCCAAGAAGCCCACAAGCAGACCCGAAGAAUCAUACUCAGAAUAUGCCAGCGUCCAAGUUCAAAGGAAGUGAAAGCCGCCUCUGGGUUGCUGGUUUCACGCGGGCGGCAGCAGCAGCGGCGGCAGGUCAGAAAGGCUCUAGCUGGAGCUCUACAAAAUUGGCGGUGUAGCCCCCGAGGAAGUGCAGUGGAAGUGCCCGCCAAUCUUUGCUUACCGCGAAAGCUGCGUCCUUUGGGACCCAUUGAUGAUGGGGGAGGAUGGCCCCACAUUGCUCUCCACUGUACACUAACUCAUGAGCUUGGUGUGCACUUCCACCGAGGGACCAAGGGCUUUGGGGCAGGCUACGUUUCGAACAUUUCUAAAUGCAGAGGGUGGCAUUCCAAAACUAGGGUUGAGUAAAGGAACAGAAAUCUGGGAUAUUGUUGCCCCUCCCCACUGUGGUGACAUCACAAUGGCCUGGGGGCACAGCCCCCCCCCCUCCCUGCCCCAGCCCAGCCUGCCCUGCUGGGAUGGGGGCAUGCUCUUUAGACAGAUCACCUUCAUGGCUUUUCAGUAACACAGUCACUGACUCCAGUCUCCCCACCCGGCUACGUUCUUCCAGGGCAAAACUCGAAGGAAAAGCCUGCCCUCUCUUCCCCCAGCCCACCUGCCACUGCACAUUGCUCUAGGAGAAGAUGCUCCGGAUGCUGGAGUUUUAUCUGCAGAGAGGCUGGAGAGACCACUUUGUGACCUGUUCAGUGAGAUUUGGCUAGGGCUUAUGGUCAGGUUUCUCAGCCCUGCUGCCUGUGUUCCAGCACAGACUUGGGGUGCCUGUCAGCAGAGGUGGACCUUCAGACUAAAUCAGAACACCUACUUACAUAACUCACUCUUGACUAAGGGUUGCGUGUGACUUGCCUCUCCCCUGGACAACCCUCCCCCAGACUCAGUUGUCCCAGUUGUAACUCCAUACAGACACACCUCUCAUUUCUAGACCUGAAUUUUGCUUCCAGCCCACACUAACACAGCAAUGCCUCGCUGCUGUUUACUCCUGUAAAUUAUUAAGAAAUGUGAAAUGUGCAAUCUUGAAACCAAGGUGUUAGAAAAUUUGAUCUGUGUUAUUUUUUUUCCUUUGAAGCAUUAUAUUGGCUCUUUGUCAUGUGUUGAAGUCCUGUGUUGCACAUGGUUGAAUCUUACAGGGUGUAGGAGGGUUUAUCCUUUGCUGUUUGGGAUGAGUUUUCUUGAAGCAGAAACAGAAUUCUAUACAGUUGCCAGAAGAUUACUGGACAGAUAGUCACAGUCCAGCUAUUCCUUGGGGGCACCUAGCUUUCUGAGUGUGAUUGAAUUGGUGAGGAUGACUUUAGUGGGAAGGAGCAAGCGCCCUACGGCCAAUACUUCUGCUGACCUUAGCCUUUGCCGAAGGCAGAGCUGCCGAGACAAUGUCUCUAGCAAUUUGGGGUGUGAGCUAGUGCAUAGCCUGCCAGAAAAUGCCCAAAGCAAGCUCCCACCCAGCUCCAACGCUAACUCACUACGUGGCACUUAGCCUGAUGCCUCAGUUUCUCCACCUGUAAAAUGGCAACGAGAAGACUCACUACCAGUCUCUAUAAAGCACUUUAUGAUUCGGGAGUCCAGGGGACCAUUUAGGUGAAUUAUUCUUCUUGCAGAAGCAGCUAAAAAGCCCGCACCAUAGCUCCUGUCUUCUCUGGGACAUCCCCUUCUGUUUCUGCUUUUUGUAACUGGUGAAGUGAAGCUGGACCAGACAGGAAGCGGAGAGUUACUGGAGGGCAUUGAAGCUAGUCUCAUCUCCUCCCUCGUCCUCCCAUCUCCAAAGCUGUGGCAUAGGCUAAUGGCUUCUCCUGCUUUUCCAGCAGUGACACCAAUUACCAUCCUGUCAUUCAGACUGUGAAACAGAUCUUCUAGAUGGAAGGCUGACGGGGUGAGGGCAUGGUGGAGCCAGGAAUCCAGGGAGGGCAGAUGUUGCAUGACCUGUUUUGACUGUGUUGACACAUUAACUGUUCGAUCUUUUCCAGCUAAAUGCAAAUAUCCCCACUCUCCCAGGGUUCAAUGACUCGAUCCAGAAUUCCUGGCUAGGUGAGUCAGAAACAAAAGACACUGGCCUAAAGAGAACCUUUGCUCCCCACCCCUCUCCCCAGGGGAGACCUUUCUCUAGAACAUUUUAUGUUCCUGGCACUAACAAGGCUGUUUGGGGGCUAAGGUUGCGAUUCCCAGCACAAGGCUUGUGCUGCCUAGCAUGUGAAGAAGUCAAGGAAGUAUCUGAUUAAACAUGCAGCGCGACCGUAAUUGUUGCCGCAAUCAGUGUCAUCUGUGGGGUUUGUUUUAGGUGGCUCGACAACCACCAGCCAGGAACAUCUGGUGAAAUCAUUCCCUUUUCUCAUGUAGGUCCUUCCGGAACCCAAAAAUGUUGGCUUGCAAACUGCCUCCCUCACCCCCACCCCCAACACUCAGCUUCCUUCACUGGAAACUCCAUAGUAUUGGAAAAGAACAUUCUUAGAUUCUCUUGUUCUCUCUGUGCCAUCCGUGUGUGUGUGUGUGUGUGUGUGUGUGUGUGUUGUGUGUGUGUGUGUGUGUGUGUGUCUUUUAUCGGGGAAAGGGGUGGUAUUGCAGGGAGAGAAGGAUGGAAAGAAGCCAAAGGAAAAUAGGGAGCUUGAGUGUUAGCUCAGCUGCUUUGAGAGGGAUCUGUGCAGAGACAGUGUGGUGGCACUCAGGUGAGGAAGAGAUCGAAACAUGAGAAGAAAGGUUGUGUCCAAGGUUUCUUUGAAGAACACUGGGAAGAAACCAGGCCCCGAUUUGUAUAUACUUGCUUCUUAAACUUUUUUGGCUUGCAAAAUAUUUUUGUAAUAAAGAUUUCCGGGAAAUAA